AUGACGCACCGCCAGAGUCGCGGCAUCGAUCCAGAGCUGUUCGCGCCCAGCGCGCUGAGUUCCGCCAGUGCUGAUAGGUACGCGAAGGCUCCGUCUCUCUCGAUCGAGCUCGAGCACCUCAGCGGAUACACCGGCAAAGGCAAAAGCACGAUCCACGCACACCCGACGGACCCGGACAGCUACAUCACCUGUAUGGGCUCGGCUGUGGUGAUCGGCAAGAUCCACGACUCGCAGAGUCAGGAGCUGCUGUGCGCGCACGAGGAGGAAAUCAACGUGCUGAGUAUGUCGAACACGGGCGCGUUGCUCGCAUCAGCGCAGAUCCCUCCGCACUCGGGUCGAACGGAUCGAGGCGGCGCGUUCAUUGUCAUCUGGGAUCUGGCGUCGGGACGAGAACGCUACCGUCUCGAAGGGUUCUUCCGUCCCGUGCUGCAAAUGGCCUUCUCCCCGGACGAUCACUUCCUCGCUGCUUCCUCUGAAGAUUGCCGCAUCAUUCUCUGGGAUAUGCGGACAUCCGAGGUGGUGCUGACCAAAGCGUUCCCGACUCCCGUCACGGUCCUCAACUGGGGCAAGAUGGACGAAAAGUGUCGUCGUCCGAAGUACUCGCUCUGUUUUGCUCACUCUAGCCAGCUCUUGUUCGGCGAGUUAGCCUACGACAUUGCCGGCAUGCAGUACCGACUCGAGGUGUCGACCUUCUCGAUGCCCAAUGUUGGGAUCGCACGCAGUUAUAUCUGCGCCACGAUCACCCAGACACGUACGGACGUGUUGGCUGGCACUUCUGCUGGGGAGCUUGUCGUUUUCAAUACGGAAUCGCUGGUGUACCGCAACGCAGUGCCCGUCGUCAGGAAUGGCGUGCACAGCGUCGCUGCAUGUGGAGACACCGGAUACGUGUACGUGGGCGCUGGAGACGGUGUUCUCAAGAAACUGGUAGGCCGCGACUCGGACUGGAACCUCGUGGGUCAAGUUCAACUUGUCGGGGGCAUCACCAGCAUAUCGAUCAGUCCAGGCGGAGCGCAAUUGUUUGCCGGAACCUCUGCAGGUAAAAUGUACCACAUCGUUGCCACGACUCUCGUGACUUCCGAGCUGGCGAGCAGCCACUUGGGGUCCGUCACAGGCUGCGCCUUCGGGAAUUCAUGCGAGGAGUUUGCCACCAUUUCCGCGGACGGCAGUUUACGCGUAUGGGAUCUCUCCACUUACCACCUCAAGUGCAUGGCGACCGAGGCCGUGGCAGGGCUGUGCAUUACCAUCACUAAAACUCCGACUGCGUCGAGUCAAUCGGCGCUAGUGAUCUCUGGUUGGGCUGAUGGCUGGCUUCGGGCGUAUGACGCUGUAACUGCACAGCCGAAGUGGCACAUUGCGAUGGCGCAUCGUGGAGAGGUUAACGCAGUCGCUUGCAGUGCUCAGUAUGUGGUGAGUGGUGCUAGUGACGGUGGAGUCAGCAUUUGGUCUUUUGCCACGCGCGAGUUAGUGCUUCAGUUCCACGAGCACAAGCGCGCGGUCACGGGGGUCCUGGUCGAUCUCAAGCUGCCUCAUCGAGUUCACUCUUGCGGAGUUGACAAGGCUCUGUUCAUCUACGACCUGAAAGGGGCUCGACGGAUUGUAGCGCAACAAGUUCGCGAAGGCGCCUUCCACGGGAUCACCCAGAGAUUGGACAGCGAGACGGAGAUCGUGACGGCGGGCGCUGAUGGCAGGCUUCUCUUCUGGGACUGCGACGAACCGGAGCCCGUCCAGCAGAUCGUCGACCCCAGCCGUCUCAAAGUCUCGUGUGCGGUCGUGUCACCCUCCGGGCGGUUCUUGGCGACAUGUGGCGAAGACUGCGAAGUGAAGCUCUUCGAUAUCGGCUCUUCGUCGCUGCUUGCAUCGGCACGCGGACACUCCAACACCGUCAACUCGCUAGCUUGGAGCCCCGAUGAGCGACAGCUAGUGUCCGUCGGCGCUGACUCGUGCAUUUGUGUCUGGAAUUUUUACCUAGUGUGA